AUGAGCUGCCAGGACCCGGUGCAGAGCGCCGUCAUCCGCUCUGCGGCAUACAGCUAUCGCCCUCCAAGUCCGCCCAAAAUCACCGUUCCCGUCCAAGGCCAAAAGACCAUCAAGCUUGAGCCCUCAUACGACCUUGUUGAUCCCAGGAAAAUCUCCAGGGAGCAAUUCACCAUCGUUACCGGCAACAGGACGCAAAUCUCGGUUGAUCGCUCCACCCGCUGGAGAUAUGAGCAGCGCAGAGAUGCCCAACACAUUCUCGAUUUCCUCUCUUUAGGUCCCACAAGCAUCGUUCGAGAUCAUGAGUUCCUGCGGCGAGAGGCCUUCUCUAUGCUUGUCGUUGUUCGUGACGCUCGAGCUCCCCUUAAUCUCCCCAGCGUCAACAAAGCAACCACGGCGCUUGACAUUCCCCUUUGUUAUAUCGAUGUCGAACCAAGUCAGUUAGUCAGGGCAUUCCACCAAGUUGUUAGCGUCAUCAACACCCAUCUUCUCUCUGUGCACCAUAUGACAGCUGGUACCUGUCGGGGCAAGCUUCUGGUGACCUGUGAUACGGGCAACAUGCUCUCGCCUUCUCUCGUCGUUGCCUAUGUCAUGGCCAUGUUCGGGCAGGAUAUGAUGGCGGCAGUUCAGUUUGUUAGUGUUCAACGGUUUUGCGCUAACUUCGACGAAGAAGCCAAACAAGCAUUUUUGACUUGGCAGGACCUCAACAAUGCUGGUGUCACCGUGGCAGGUCAAUCUCACAAUGCAAACGACCAUAUGCAAGCCGUCUUCGUCCAAGGCAAGGCGAACACCAAGCGCGACCUCGAUGACAUGAUGGAAGGGGUUGAGGAAGAUGUGGGGGGAACCAACUGCGACACUGUUGGCGACUACGACCGCUUCUUGGGCCGAAGGGAUUUCGCACCCUUUAUAGAUGUCGAGUAUUGA